AAGCAUUUGACAAAACUGGGUCAUUAGUCAUUUUGUUUGUUGUCUCUGUAUUUUCUGAACGAAUAGUCAUGUCCUCCACUAAUAACUCAACUGCGGUUAAUGACCGUCGAAGUCAGGUGAUGGUUGGAGAGCUUCCAACUGACUUUUUGCGAAUAAACGGCACACCCCAGCAGCAGCAGGCAUAUGCGGACGAGAGAGUGGCUCGUGUCCUACAGGCCCAGCAGAGCUACAUGCCGAUACCCGCCAAUGUCAAGGGCAGGCUUAACAUCAGCAUUGUGCAGGCAAAGCUGAAUAAGAACUACGGUUUGACGCGGAUGGACCCUUACUGCAGGAUUCGUGUUGGCCAUGCUGUUUUUGAGACUCCCACAUCCUAUAACGGAGGCAAGAAUCCCCAGUGGUGCAAAGAUAUGCAGUGUUUGCUUCCACAUGGCGUAGACAACAUGUACGUUGAAAUCUUCGAUGAGAAAUCAUUCACCACUGAUGACCGUGUUGCGUGGACGUAUAUUACCUUUCCUGCUGCAGCUCUGAAUGGGGAGACAGUAGAUCAGUGGUUCCCUCUCAGCGGCAAACAGGGAGACGAGAAAGAGGGAACCCUCAACCUCAUACUUACAUUUACACCUGUGCAAGACCUACCUCAGAUGAUGCCACCAGUGGGAGUUCCAACCGUCAUGUAUCCCAACUCCUAUGUUGUGCCACAAGGUUACCCACCCAUGAUGCCUGCCCAGCCGCAGGGCCCAGGGUACACAGAGGAAAAUUUUAAGCAGGUGAAGGACAUGUUCCCCAACAUGGAAGAUGACAUCAUACGCUCAGUUUUUGCUGCCAACAACGGCAACGAAGACGCCACUAUAAACGCCUUAUUACAGAUGAGCGCUGACUGAUGCCUUGGAGAGUUGGGAUAGGGUGGGGCGGGAGGUGUUUUGAUUGGAUUCCGGUUCAAUCUGUGUCUGUGUUGUUGUUAUAUGAAAGAGGAUAUUGUUUCGAUUGUGAUGAUUCUUGUUACUUCUUUUAUUCUUUAUUUAUUUGUUUGCUUGAGCAGAGAACCAUAUUUUUCUUCUACAUCUUUGUUAAAAUGGACUAGCAUUGAAAUAGAUGUUUAGACAAUUAUUUGUGUUCACACGCCUGUCUAUGUUUUGCCCCAUGGGCGAUGGCUGACCGACCGACUCCACAAACUUCACAUUUUGUCGUCUAAAUCAGGCCUUUAAAGUACCUAACUUUCAGAGGUGAUCCGCACAUUAAAAUGUCGUUAGCUUUAAUGCAAGAUCUCAAUAUCUGCUUCUAUUUCUUUAUGCAGUUAUUCACUUCUUUCACCAGGGUGACAAAAUAUUGAAUUAAUACUGAUGUAAGCAAUGCCCUACUAGUAUCGGUGUUUCCCAGUUUUAUAAGGUAUUGAUGAAUAAAUAUUUGUUUAAUAUUAUAAAGCCUGUGAUACAGUAACUUACAUCUCGGAUAAACUACAGAAGGUGCUUGUAUUAACCAAUUCCAUGCUGUUUUUCAAAUAUGCAGUUAUUGAGUUAUUGCAUAAGGACGACAAUUUUAAUAUCUUUUUUUAAAAUCUGGCCAAGUCUAUUUCCUGGGUUGGGCAACACAUAGAUAAGUGUAUUACAUUUGCAUUCUAGCUGAUUCAUGACAUUGUAUGAAGAUAUACUUCCAUUACUAGAUUAUUUUACAGCCAUUUGAGGUCAUUGCACAAACUUUACAAGAAUAAUCCACAUUGGAUUAAAUUAUUAGAAUAUCCAAUAGUGAAUGUGAUAUAUUUUAUAUUAUAUUUCAAUUAAACUGCUUUAACUCUUUAAGUUAUUUCUUUUGAAAUUGUCAGUAUUGGUUCUACAAUUUCAUAUGUACUGAACUUUUGAAUAUUUAUCUCCAAGGCCUCCAUAUUCUUAUUUCAUGGCUUAAAUUAUACGCCAUGCUUUUAUUAUAUUCUGUAUAUUGUGUUAUUUGCAAAAAGACAGUAAUGAAAUGACUUGCUUUAUCAUUUAAAGGGGCUGUACUCUGUAUGAUGAAAUAGCGGAAAAAAAAGAAAAUUGUCGAAAACUGACAUAAACUUGGUAUCGAUGUGUACAAUGCAUUGUAACUUACUAACUAAAGUACCACAUAAGUUACAAUUAAUUUAUUUUUCGCAGUUUUUUCGUCUUUUUCCAUUUAAAAAGAUGAGUAGGUAUGUCUACCUAGUAGAAUUCAUUCCUUUUGCGUGAUUGGCUAGUCGAUGUUAUCACGUGAUAUUACCAAGUUAGGUUUAUAGCUUAAAUAUUCCAACUGUUUAUGGUAAGCCUUCGUAGCACAGUGGAUACAUUACUGGACUGCAAUUUUGGCGACACCGGUUCGAACCCGCUAUCCGACUCUAUUUAUUUUACAUUUCGGUAUUUUUUUGCAAUUUUGAUAUCCAAAAAUAAAACAUUUUAUUAAAUAAUUGUCCCGAGAUUUGUUUCAGAAAAAACUUUUUUUGGUGCCAAUCUGGUUAUAGACCCUUUAAGGUUAAACUAUCAGAUAGUCUGUUUUAUUCAUGAUUAGCGAAUUGUUUCAUCACAUUUAAACCAGUUGUUACUUCACUGCUGAACUAUUUUCAAGACUUGACAGGCAGAAAUAGAUAAAGGGAAUGUCAUCAUGAUAGUUGUAAUCUUCCAUUUUUUCAUUAUCAUCAAUUUGGUUUGAAGAUCCCUUGUUAAUUAAAGCUUGUUAUAUAAACUUUAUGGUGAUUUUUAAGUCAAACAUAACCAGGUAUAUUACACAUUGAUUUACAGAUGUGAUAAAUAGAAAUAGGAUUUCAAUAUUCUUUGAUUUAAAUGUUUCCUAUAUUUACAAGUACCUUUUAAAGGUAAAGGUGUAUACCUGACCUGCGGUUUGUGUUAAAUGAACUUGAUCUUGUAUAAACUAACUUACAAUUAUAAAAUGUUUAUUGUAA